CUCUCUCUCCUUCAUCCUCCUCCUCUGCUCUCCUCAGCUCCUCCAGUUCCGCCUCCAGCUUCCCUGUCCACAUGAAGGGGCUAGUAAGUGUCAUUGUAUUGGUUCUAUUAGUGGUUGAUGCUAUUAAAGGUAGCCAAUAUGAUGAUGGGAUUUGUGAAUACAAGAGAGCAUUGGCUCCAAGGCCCCACAGCGUCACACUCACUGAAUUCGGUGCCGUCGGGGACGGGAAGACGGUGAACACCCUCGCCUUUCAAAAUGCAAUCUUUUAUUUGAGAUCUUUUGCUGACAAAGGUGGAGCUCAGCUGUUUGUUCCCAAAGGGAAAUGGCUUACAGGGAGCUUCAAUCUCAUAAGCCAUCUCACUCUAUUUCUUGACAAAGAAGCUGUCAUCAUUGGAACUCAGGAUCUACAACAAUGGCCUACAGCAGACCCUUUACCUUCAUAUGGUAGCGGAAUUGACCUUCCUGGAAGAAGGUACCAGAGUUUGAUUAAUGGAAACAAUUUGACAGAUAUAGUCAUAACAGGGGAUAAUGGAACCAUUGAUGGCCAGGGGUUAGUGUGGUGGGAUUCUUUUCGCUCUCAUAAUUUGAGUUAUAGUCGGCCUCAUCUCAUUGAGAUUGUGAAUUCUAAAGAUAUAAUUGUCUCAAAUUUGACCUUCUUGAAUCCCCCGGCCUGGACAGUUCAUCCCGUCUACUGUAGCAAUUUGAUGGUUCAGAAUGUAGCUAUCAAUGCUCCAUCAGAUUCACCGUAUACAAAUGGUAUUGUUCCAGAUUCAUGCUCAGAUAUGUGCAUUAAGGACAGCAGCAUCACCGUGGGUUAUGAUGCAAUCUCCAUAAAGAGUGGUUGGGAUGAGUAUGGGAUUUCAUACUCCAAACCUUCUUCCAACAUCCAUAUCACCAAUGUCUUCCUCCAGUCCCUUUUAGGAUCUGCCCUGGCGUUUGGCAGCGAAAUGUCUGGCGGAAUCUCCAACAUUCAUGCAGACCACCUUCAAAUCUACAACUCAUAUAUUGGCAUCAACUUUAAAACCACUAGAGGCCGUGGUGGCUUGGUGGAAGACAUUUUGGUCUCUGAAGUAGAGAUGCAGUCUGUCAACACUGCAAUUAACUUCGAUGGGCACUUUGGCGGUCACCCUGAUGACAGAUAUGAUCCUGAUGCACUUCCAGUGAUCAAUAGGAUCACAAUCAAGAAAGUCAUUGGCACCGAUAUCUCUGUUGCAGGCUUUCUGAACGGUAUAGAGCAAGAUUCAUUCACUGCAAUUUGCCUUUCAAACAUCAACAUGACCCUCGCGCCGCCGUCUUCGUCUGAGGCUUCAACUCCAUGGAUUUGCUCCAACGUCUCGGGUUUCUCUCAAGAGGUCUUCCCGGAGCCAUGUUCUGAUCUCCAGGAACAUUACUCCAAUUCAUCUCUUAUUUGUUAUUCCUUUGCUGCCAAGUACAAGUAUGUUCCUCUGGCCAUGGCAUAAGCAGCUAGUUGUAUCUGUUGCUUGGUUUUUCUCUUUAUACAGUGUUUGAUGCCUCAAGCCUUCUGCAUGCAUCUUGCAGGUGAUUCUUUUCCAUUAAAAUAAGCUGUAUGUAAGUUUCUUAUUGCCUACCCGGGUGCCUACCUGAGCCUGGAAGUUAAAAAUGCGUUGUACAGCUCCAUUUAUUUCAUUCAAAUUUGUAAGAAAUUUUUUGGUUUUUGGUCGUGUUUUGAAUGCAGCCAUUUGGU